AUGGCAGAGUCGUUCACAGCCGCCGUGCCCAAAAUCAAGGAUGGCGACCAUGAAGGAUAUCUUCGAUACGCGUUGUCCCUCGCCACAAAGUCACCCCCCAAGCCCACAAACUACAGAGUUGGCGCGGUCUUGGUUGACAUAGCCACCAACCAAGUAUUAUCUGACGGAUACACCUUGGAACUACCAGGCAAUACUCACGCAGAGCAAUGCUGCUUUGAGAAGUUAGCUUCAAAGCACAGCAUCGACUCCAGCAGAUUACCUCAUGUGCUUCCUGAUGAGGUCGCUCUAUACACCACCAUGGAGCCUUGUUCGUUCCGGCUCAGUGGUAAUUUGCCAUGCGUUGACAGAAUACUCAGCAUCGGGAAUAAGAUCAAGACGGUCUAUGUUGGCGUAAAAGAACCAGAGAAGUUCGUCAGCGAUAAUUCUGGCAGGGCAAAACUCGAGCAAGCUGGUAUCAGAUUCGUGCAUAUAGGAGGGUUGGAGAAGGAUAUAUUAGAUACUGCGACAGCUGGGCAUGAAACGGCUAUGGUUAGCUAA